UAUGUUUAUUUUUAUGAAGGUGAUAACUCCCUUCUUUCCAGUUGGUGACUAAGAAUUGGAAACAAGGUGCAGCUUGCUAGUGACAGCGCUCUGCAGUGAAGAUUUGCUCCUGUGCAGUUAUCUCAUACCCAGGAAUCAGAAGGCAUGUGGUGUCGUCCCUGGUUCGGCCACUUAGCUUAUUUGAGUUUCCUGAGUCUGUGUCCUCAUCAGUAAAAAUGAGGCACUUUUUACCACCUAUAGAAGCUUCGCUGUAAUUCAUUUUUCCUCACUGCAAUAUUAAGAAUUAUAUCAAAUUGAAAAGAUAUGAAUGAAUAUCCUAAAAAAAGAAAAAGGAAGACUUUACACCCUUCUCGUUAUUCAGAUUCCUCUGGAAUAAGCAGAAUUGCAGAUGGAUUCAAUGGAAUUUUUUCUGAUCAUUGUUACAGUGUCUGUUCUAUGAGACAGCCAGACUUAAAAUAUUUUGAUAAUAAAGACGAUGAUUCGGAUACUGAGAUAUCAAAUGACCUCCCAAAAUUUGCAGAAGGAAUCAAGGCCAGAAACAGAAACCAUAACUACCUGGUUCCCAGUCCUGUGCUUAGAAUUCUAGACCACACUGCCUUUUCUGCAGAAAAAUCUGCUGAUGUUGAAAUUUGUGAUGAAGAGUGUGACUCACCUGAAUCAGUCAACCAGCAAGCUCACGAGGAGAGUCCUAUAGAAGUCCACACUGCCGAAGACGUUCCCAUUGCUGUGGAAGUGCACGCGAUUUCAGAGGAUUAUGAUAUAGAGACAGAGAACAAUUCCUCAGAAAGCCUCCAAGACCAAACUGAUGAAGAGCCGCCCUCUAAACUUUGUAAAAUUCUUGACAAAAGCCAAGCUUUGAAUGUGACUGCCCAGCAGAAAUGGCCCUUACUGAGAGCUAACAGCAGUGGCCUGUAUAAAUGUGAACUUUGUGAAUUCAACAGUAAAUAUUUUUCUGACUUAAAGCAGCAUAUGAUCCUAAAGCAUAAGCGUACUGAUUCAAAUGUGUGCCGGGUAUGCAAGGAAAGCUUCUCUACCAACAUGCUUCUGAUUGAACACGCCAAGCUCCACGAAGAGGAUCCCUACAUUUGUAAGUACUGCGACUACAAGACAGUAAUUUUUGAGAACCUCAGCCAGCACAUUGCAGACACCCACUUCAGUGACCACCUCUACUGGUGUGAGCAGUGCGAUGUGCAGUUCUCCUCGAGCAGCGAGCUCUACCUGCACUUUCAGGAGCACAGCUGUGACGAGCAGUACUUGUGUCAGUUCUGCGAACACGAGACCAACGAUCCGGAAGACUUGCACAGCCACGUGGUAAAUGAGCAUGCGUGUAAAUUAAUAGAAUUAAGUGAUAAGUAUAACAACGGAGAACAUGGACAGUACAGCCUCUUGAGCAAAAUCACUUUUGACAAAUGUAAGAACUUCUUCGUAUGUCAAGUAUGUGGUUUUCGGAGUCGACUUCAUACAAACGUGAACAGGCAUGUUGCUAUUGAACAUACUAAAAUAUUUCCUCACGUUUGUGACGACUGUGGGAAGGGCUUUUCGAGUAUGCUAGAGUACUGCAAGCAUUUAAACUCACAUUUGUCUGAAGGGAUUUAUUUAUGUCAGUAUUGUGAAUAUUCAACAGGACAGAUUGACGAUCUUAAAAUUCAUUUGGAUUUCAAGCAUUCCGCUGACUUGCCUCAUAAAUGUAGUGACUGCUUGAUGAGGUUUGGAAAUGAAAGGGAAUUAAUAAGCCACCUUCCAGUCCAUGAGACAACUUGAUUAUUAUCUUUACUGACAUUAUGUAAAAUAAUAAAUUCAACAUUUCUGGAGAUGUUAAAA